CGACGCCCAUUUUGGGCUGAAACCCCACCUUUUUAGGCAAAGAAUUCUCCGGCAACCCCAUCAAGGUUUCCUUCGCCACCCGGCGCGCCGACUUCAACCGCGGCGGCGGCGGCGGUCGAGGAGGACGCGGGAGGGGAGGCCCGAUGGGACGCGGAGGGUUCGGCGGCGGCGGCGGUUCCGGAGGUGGAAACCGCGGCGGCUUCCCCAGCGGCGGCGGCGGGCAGCAGCGUGCAGGGGACUGGAAAUGUCCCAACCCGGCCUGCGAGAACAUGAACUUCUCGUGGCGCAAUGAGUGCAACCAGUGCAAAGCGCCCAAACCCGACGGCCCCGGAGCGCCGCACAUGGGAGGGAAAUACCCCGGAGGUGGCCGAGGGGGGAACCACAUGGGAGGAGGCGGUGGAUUCGGAGAGGAGCGGCGCGGCGGGCGAGGAGGAUUCGAGCGCGGGGG